UUACGCAUUCACGACGGCGGAAGAGAAAUACUGGCAUGCACCUCAACCAUUAUCGUACGUACCUGUUAGUAUGUCGGCCCUCACAGACAAAAUGACUUUCUUGGAAAGACUAAAAAAUACCCUCAUUUAUUUGGUCUCUGACAUAUUUCGCGAUGUACUAUAUCUUGCACAAUUCAAACAAAUACAGAAUAAAUACAACAUAGUUCCUGAUACGAAUAUUGGAGACAUUGCAUCAAAGGCCAGACUGUGGUUGUGGGCUUCGGAUUUUGCCUUUGAAUAUCCCCGUCCUCUGAUGCCACACGUUAUACCAAUCGGAUCAUUCACAGCAGAGAAAGUUAAACCACUUUCUAAGUAA